AUGGCUCUUCACCCAUUUUUCACUUCUUUUCAUAUGAGUUGUUUCAUCGAACGAGUCUCGUUUAAUCUCAACCCUUCAUAUGUUCCUCGGACCAUUAAAAUAAUCGGUGCUGCUAGGAUGUGUGACCAGACCAUUAUACGACGGACAGGAAAUUACCAACCUCCUAUUUGGAAACAUGAGUUCAUUCAAUCAUUAAGAAGUAAAUUUACGGAAGAAACAUAUGUUGGAUGGUUCAAGUUGAAGGGAGAGGUAAAGGUCAUCAUGGACAAAGUAAUCGGUGAUUCUCUAAAGCAACUAGAGCUCAUUGAUAUCUUACAACGACUUGGCAUCUCAUACCAUUUUGAGAAUGAGAUUAAGGAUGUGUUGAAAACAAUAUACGAGAAGAGCUAUGAAAAUGAUGAUUGGAAAAACAAUAAUCUCUAUGCAACAUCACUUGAAUUUAGACUUUUAAGGCAACAUGGAUUCAAUCUUUCGCAAGAUGUUUUUAAUAACUUCUUCACAGAUGAGAUGAAAAGUUUCAACCCACACUUGUACGACGAUUUAAGUGGAAUGUUAGGUUUAUAUGAAGCUUCAUUUUUAUGUAUAGAAGGUGAGAACAUUUUAGAGAAGGCAAAACAUUUUACAAUAAAGCAUUUAGAAAAAUACAUGAGAUCAUGCAAGGAUGAAAAUGAAGCAGCCAUUAUUAGACAUGCGUUGGAACUUCCCUUACAUUGGAGAAUGCCAAGAUUGGAGACAAGAUGGUUCAUUGAUAUCUACGAGAAAAAAGUGGACAUGAAUCCUAUGCUUCUUGAAUUUGCUAAACUUGAUUUCAAUAGGGUCCAAUCUAUCCACCAACGGGAUUUGAAAUAUGCAUCAAGUUGGUGGAGGAGCACUGGACUUGGUGAAAAGUUGAGCUUUGCAAGAGAUAGAUUGACGGAAAAUUUCUUUUGGACAGUUGGGGUUGGAUUUGAACCUGAGCUCUCAUAUUUUAGAAGAAUGACCACAAAAGUUAAUGCAUUAAUAACAACAAUAGAUGAUGUUUAUGAUGUCUAUGGCACAUUAGAUGAACUCCAACUCUUUACCGAUGCAGUAGAGAGGUGGGAUGUUGCUGCAGUGGACCAACUUCCUGACUAUAUGAAAAUAUGUUUUCUUGCUCUUCACAAUUCGGUUAAUGAGAUGGGUUUUGAUGUACUAAGAGACAAAGGAAUCAAUGUUAUCCAAUACCUUAAGAAAGCAUGGAUAGAUUUGUGCAAAACUUAUAUGUUGGAAGCAAAGUGGUAUCACACUGGUUAUAAACCAACAUUGGAAGAAUAUCUAGAUAAUGGAUGGAUUUCAAUAUCAGGACCUGUUAUAUUAGUUCAUGCAUAUGUUUUUGUGACAUCUCCAACAAUCAAAGAUAUGGAGAGUUUCAAACAAUAUAUUGACGUGAUUCGUUGGUCAUCGACAAUUUUGCGACUUGCUGAUGAUCUAGGAACAUCUUCGGAUGAAUUAAAAAGAGGGGAUGUUCCAAAAUCAAUACAAUGUUACAUGAAUGAUACAGGUGCAUCAGAGAAUAAAGCACGUGAACAUAUAAAACAUUUGAUUGUUGAGGCAUGGAAGAAGCUAAAUAAGGUUGAAGUCGAGAAUUCUAUCUUCCCCCAAGUAUUCAUUGAGAGAGCUAAAAAUCUUGCCAGAAUGGCCCAAUGCAUGUAUCAGUAUGGUGAUGGACAUGGCAUAGGACACCAAGAAACAAAAGUUCGUGUAAUGUCUCUACUUAUUCAACCGUUUUACAUUCGUUCAUAUAGUGAAAAAUUGCCUAAUUUUAUUUAA